AUGAGCAAGAAAGAGGUUACCAUAGACAUUACUAAACGUCCUGAAAAUACUCAAAAUGAUGGGAAAGGAGGAUACUAUUAUGAAAGUAAUAGUGGAAGAGUUAAUCUGACGGAGGAGUGGUAUCCUGAUUUAGAAGGAACUUACAUAAAGUUAACACAUACUCCAAAGAAUCCUAAGGAAAAGAUCACUGGUAUCUUUUAUAGCAGAUCAAAACAAAAUGGUUUUGAACAAGCUAACCUCUCAAGUUGUGAAUCCAUUUCUGUCUUUUACUGGUCAUUGGAUAGCACUCGUACUAAACCAUUACUAAUUCAACUUGGCGAGAGAGAUAAUGAGUACUAUACCAACAAUCGUGGUAAUACCUGGACUAAGAAUGGAGAUAUAAACGAUGCUAAUACUCUCAGGCAAAAACUUGAUGAACAAAACUGCUUGAAGAAUGGAGCUCACCUCAUAGACAUCGGGCAGAAGGGUAGUGGUAGAAAUUACAAUUGUCCCAGUUGCAGCCAACAAAAACUCCGCGUAUACUAUAGCAGUGGACCGGGUACUCCCUACUACGGACAUCAUAUUCGUAAUUCCUUUCCUGGUUCACUCUCUGGCUUCAAGAAUGGUAGCAGUUGGCCAUCUGGACUUCCAUCCGUUCAAAAUGUAAAGUUUAUAUUUGUUUACUGGAACAGGUCUGUACCAUCUCUCAUUGUCGCUCAAAGUAGACCGGAGAGAUACUUCAGAAUAAACGCUGGAAAUCUAAAAUCAUGGAUCGAGGUAUCUGAUAAAUCUACUGACGUUGCUACUCCUACCCUGGCCCUAGAUCUCUCUAAGACGGAUGGAAAAUACCCUUAUAGAAAUACUAAUGCAAAGAUAAUUGUAGCUGUGCUACUCAGUCAUAUCGGUGGUGGCUACUACAGAUUGCAGUAUUCUCUGAGAGGUAGUCUCUUUAAUGUCAAGAGUGUUAGUCAUAAUGAUACUCAACUUUCUGGUAUAGACUCUACUGACCUUCUACUUAGUGUAUCUGCGUACUAUCUAGGAGACAGUCCUGAGUCUCUGGAUAGGCUUCUCCUUGUUGAACUGUCCAUCAAUGCUACCCACCAUACCACAUACAAGUACUUUCACAGAGAAACCAAAGGUGCCAAAGUAUGGUCUAAAUAUCUUGGAUCCGGAGGAGGAACUACUAGACUACAGGGUAAUGCACUAAAGCGAGCCCUGGACGAGCUUAAGAAUAUACAUUUUCCUGAUCCUCCACCGAGCAUUGGUAAGCAGAUAGCCGACUUUUUUCAAAAAACAGAGGGUAUAAUUACUGCAUCAGUUACUCCUGGCAUAGGUGGUCUCAUCGGUCUUGGAAUAUGGAAGGGACCCGCUCUAAUUGCACGACUAAUAGCUCGUCUGUAA